GCAGCAACUCAGACGCUCCCAGUGGCUCCAGUUAGCUGGCUAACUGCGGCUAGCUAAUCCAAAGCUGGAAAAAAAAAAUGUUGACUUUCCGCGCUUUGCUAACUGGCCGGUAUGGUUGCAGAGUCGAAGGAUUGUGCCAUGACUUUACCUCACCGUGCUGUUGAUGUUUUCCGAGCCUUGAGUUAUGCUUUCACGAAAGAAAAGCAAGAACGAAGCGUCCAAACCAGCCGAGGUACACGGGAAGUAUGUGAAGAAGGAAACGUCGCCGCUCCUGAGAAAUCUUAUGCCCUCCUUCAUCCGUCAUGGACCCACUAUACCCAGACGCACAGAGGUCCCUCUGCCAGAAAUGGGGCCUUCUUCCUACCCUUUGGCACCCAGUCGGGAACCAGGGGUGUCCCGUAACAAGAGUGUCCUCCGUACCCAUGUGCAGAGGCCUCCACAUGAGGUGGCCCGCACAGAGAGCCACCGCUCAUCUGCACCUCCGUACCUGCCUCGCAGCCUGGGAGACAUUUCGCACGAGUAUGGAGGCUCGUCACAGUCCUUCCUUACAGACGUGAGCCCCAUGUCUGAGAAUGGAGACGCUGCCCGGUAUUAUUACCCCUCUGAACCUUAUUAUGACAACCAGCAGCGCCAGCCCAGGAGAGUCGCAGACCGCUUUCCUGAAGACUAUAGAUACUAUGAGCACAAUGAGCACAAUUUCCAAAGACAUCCCCGACAACACACUCCCCCAGCUCCAAACAGACCCCCUUCAGGCAUAGGUCGAAUACAGGCCAAGUCUCUGGGGAACCUGUCCAGUCUGACGGGAGAGGACCUCCCUCUUCCGGCCGGUUGGACUGUUGACUGGACCAUCCGUGGCAGGAAGUACUACAUUGACCACAACACUAACACUACACACUGGAGCCACCCUCUGGAGAGGGAGGGGCUCCCUCCAGGCUGGGAGAAGGUGGAGUCCGCUGAGUUUGGGGUCUAUUAUGUGGAUCACAUAAACAAGAGGGCACAGUAUCGUCAUCCAUGUGCUCCAAGUGUGCCCCGCUAUGAUCAGCCUCCUCCAAUACCACCUCCUGUGACCUAUCAGCCACGUCCUGCAGAGAGGAACCAACCAGUCCUCGUGCCAGCUAACCCAUACCACACAGCCGAGAUCCCAGACUGGCUGCAGGUGUACGCUCGCGCACCACUAAAGUACGACCACAUCUUGAAGUGGGAGCUCUUCCAGUUGGCAGAUCUGGACACAUACCAGGGCAUGCUGAAGCUGCUCUUCAUGAAGGAGCUCGAACACAUCGUCAAGUCCUACGAGGCGUACCGGCAGGCGCUGCUGUCUGAGGUGGAGGCACGCAAACAUCGGCAGCAGUGGUACGCCCAGCAGUCCAACAAGAACUUCAAAGGAAACAUGUGAGGUGUGUGUGUGUGUGUGUGUGUGUGUGUGUGUGUGUGUGUGUGUGUGUGUGUGUGCGCGUGCAUGCAUGUGUGUGUGUGUGUGUGUGUGCGCAGUAGGGACGUCUCGAUGCCACACCUCUCUGAGGUUUCCUCAGUUUGGGAGCGGUCAGAGUUUCCUUUGAAAUCAUGAUUGACUCUUAAUUGCCUCUUUACCAAACACAUCUGUGCCUUUGCUUGAUCCAAAUAUAUCAGCCGGGAGGUCAAGACACAUAUUCGCCGAGGUGGGGGCCUUGUACCCACCCAUGUGACACUCAGUUUAUGAAUGACUGAAAAAAAAAUAAAUAAAAACGCUAGAAUGAAGAAAUAAUGUGCUGCAUCUUGGGAAACUGCUUGUGGUGCCAUUUAUAGCCACUGACCUGGGAACUAAAUUUCUGUUUGAAUCCCUGUUUUAAAGACCGAGAAGCACAGAGUGUGAAAAAGCUACUCUGGAUAUUUGUUGCAAAAACUUCCUGACAUUGUGCCUUUUAAUAAAAACAAAGUGCGGCAGUUUUACAACGUCUGCUCAUAUCAUGUAAAUGCCAGCUACUCCGUCAUGUUUUCCUGUGGGAGAGAGCGACAGGCAGCUUUUUCUAAUUUGACUUCAUGACUUCUUUCCUUUGCUCUGUUACACUCAUAAACUGAAAACCACACACAGAAAGUGUGCAUUGUUCCUUUUUUCUUUUUUUUUUUUAAAGAAAUCACAUACUUUAAGACAAUCCACCAAAACCUUAACAGAUAUUUAAUUUUUGAUAUGAAACACGUCUUUAUUUAAAGACCUUUGAUGGAUGAAGCAUCACAUUUGAUGCGGUGGUUUGAGCAUCUCUCGGCUCUUGGCAUUAUUGUUAGGAAUAUUCAUGUUUUUGUGCAUUUAAUGAAACGCAAAUAAGCUACUGGAACCUUUUAAACCUUUCAGGAGAGACAUUCGUUUUGCCAAACAAGUGCAGUUCACUUUCUCUUUGUUUCAUUUUUCAUGCUUUAUGUUUAUGGCCUGACACCUUGCUUCACUGAUAUAAUGGAAGUGCUGGUUCUUGAGAACAUAUUCUACUGAUCACUAAUCAGCUUUAUCUUUAUCUCCUCUUAAGAUACUCAGAAAUGUUUUCUUACUUGUUUUUGUCUACUGGAGACAAGUCAUUUUUCACUAAGGUGAAGAAAGACACCUUUUUCAAAAAUAUAAAAUGAAAACUAUUAUAGUUUAAAUGUGUUUAAUGAGACCUGUGUAUCAGAGGAACCUAAAACAUUUUUGAAUGUCCUAAAUGGGUGCAGUGGAAUAGGUUUGUACAGAAAACUGUGCUUCUCUUUGUGAGACGGCGUCUUAUCACAUCUUCUCAGAACAAUGUCAAGUUUGUUCAUACCUAAUUUGUGAAUUGCAAAUACAGGACAUAAACAAUAAAGUCUGCAGUGAAGGAAAAUACACUUAUGGAUGUACAGUUGUUGCCUUCUGCUGCCUGCAUGUCUUCCCACGGAGUGUUUUAUAAUGGCAGCUGCUUAAGAGCCACCAGCUUAUCAUUCAUUAUGUAUUUAAAACAUGUCUCACUAUAAGAAAACUCGAGUCUAGAUUUCAUUAAAUUGGUCCACCUUUAUUAGGUCUUUCUUUGCAACUGAAAUUUUUGCAAUGCAUGUGCUGAAACUAAGCAGAGUCUAUUUGAAGGAGCUCACAAAAAUGUUGAUUCCUUUGAGCUUUCAGUACUCCCACCAUGUCCAGAGGUGAUGCUUUAGGAAUGAAAUAAAUCCAGGAAAAGCACUUUUUUUUUCUUUUUUUUUUAUCCCCCCUUGUUCUUUUUCUCACAGACAAAAUAUUCCAACAUGUAAACAAAUACUGCUCCUCUGACUUAUCAAUGGACACAACACCCAAAACACAAACAUGAAAUAAAAUGGGAUUUCAAAACCUCACGAAUCUUAAA